UCUCACCUUCAUGAGGCUUAAGGAACGUACGGUUGAAUGUGCCUGGUGCACUGUUGAUUUCUGUGGUCAAACUGAAAAGAGAUGAGUGGACGUUCUUCAGGAAGGGUGGCCAGCAUCCUGGCACCUCCAGCAGAGAAGUGGUUCUGCUUGAUGCACAAGAGAAUGUUGGUCAGGUCACAGUUUAGACAUCCCCGACUCAGAGGCAGGCACUGGGGGCUGAUGAUUCUGUGAACUCUGGCACGUUCUCAUGGCCAGCCCUUGAACACCCACACGUGCACACCCUGCACAAAAAAACAGAAACAGCGCUUUCAAGAUGCUUGUGCACCCAGCGAAGCAAAGAAGCGGAUUCUUUGUCUCCCAGAAAGUGGACACUUGGUCCUUCGUGAAAGUAUGUUAGCUGACUCUGCUGUGCUUUCUGACCUAUUCGACCCUUCCCUCCAGUGAAGAGUGCUGGAACCAGCUGGGUCUCACAGGACUCGUCCACUCCUCUCAAGGGGUGAUGAGGGACGUUAAUCCUUGAUUCAGAUGAAAGACUGGUCUGUCAACCUGAGUGAAUUCUUUUUAGAACACAGCAAGACUUGUAUAGUUAACCAAGUUUCCACAGGUUCCUCAAGUCCUUUCUGUGGAAACUCCCCCCAGUGCAAUUGAGAACAGCAGUUUUCCAACUUUGGUGCAGAUCAGGAACAUCUACAACUUUGUUAACAUACAAGCUUCUGGGCCCCAUCCUCAAAGCUUCUGAUUCAGCAGUGCGUGAGGCGGGCAGCGCCGUCGAGGCAGACAUGCCGGUGAAGAGCGUCCCGGCGUGGGAGCCGCGUGCUAAUGACACGCGGGAGAAGGCCGGCCCACCAGCCCCUGGGAAAGAUGAGACUUCUCGGACUGCGCCCGGCGGCGAGCAGGCCUUGGUGGGCCCUGGAGUCGGGGCUGAGGAGGCGCUGGAGGCGUCGGCGGCGGUGACAGGCACAGCCUGGCUGGAGGCCGACAGCCCAGGCCUGGGCGGAGUGACCGCAGAGGCGGGCAGCGGCGACACCCAGGCCCUUCCAGCCACGCGCCCGACACCCGACGAGGCCCUCGGGCCGUCCUCGACAUCCCCAGCCACCCUCGAGGCUACGGAGGCCAGCGAACCACCCUCCCCCACCCCUGGCGACAAGCCGAGCCCAGGCCCUGAACUCCCCAAGGAGAGCCCCAUGGAGGUUUGGCUGAACCUGGGAGGCAGCACACCUGACCCUCACGGGCCAGAGCCCACGUACCCCUUUCAGGGCACAUUAGAGCCCCACCCAGAGUCAGAUAUAAUUGACAUCGACUACUUCGAAGGAUUGGAUGGUGAGGGCCGUGGCGCCGACCUGGGGAGCUUCCCUGGGUCGCCAGGUACCUCAGAGCACCACCCUGAUCCCGGGGGAGAGACCCCUUCCUGGAGCCUGCUUGACUUGUACGAUGACUUCACCCCCUUUGAUGAGUCUGAUUUCUACCCUACCACAUCCUUCUAUGAUGACUUGGAUGAAGAGGAGGAAGAAGAGGAGGACAAGGAUGCAGUGGGAGGCGGAGACCUGGAAGAUGAAAAUGACCUUCUAGUGCCCACUGAGAAGCCUGGUCUGGGGCCCGGGACAGGCCAGCCCACCAGUCGGUGGCACGCUGUCCCUCCGCAGCAUACUCUGGGGAUGGUCCCUGGCAGCAGCAUUGCCCUCAGGCCCCGCCCAGGAGAGCCAGGCAGGGACCUGGCCCCAAGCGAGAAUGGCACCGUGUGCCGCAGUGGCUUUGUGAGACAUAACGGCUCCUGCCGGUCGGUGUGCGACCUCUUCCCAAGUUACUGUCACAAUGGCGGCCAGUGCUACCUGGUGGAGAACAUUGGGGCCUUCUGCAGGUGCAACACACAGGACUACAUCUGGCACAAGGGGAUGCGCUGCGAGUCCAUCAUCACCGACUUCCAGGUGAUGUGCGUGGCCGUCGGCUCGGCCGCCCUCGUGCUGCUCCUGCUCUUCAUGAUGACGGUGUUCUUCGCCAAGAAGCUCUACCUGCUCAAGACAGAGAACAGCAAGCUGCGCAGGACCAACAAAUUCCGGACCCCUUCUGAGCUCCACAACGAUAACUUCUCCCUGUCCACCAUUGCUGAGGGCUCUCACCCAAACGAUGAUUCUAGUGCUCCCCACAAAAUCCAGGAAGCUCUCAAGUCCUGCCUGAAAGACGAGGAGCCAUUUAACAUCCAGAACUCCAUGUCGCCCAAACUCGAGGGUGGCAAGGGUGACCAGGCCGACCUGGAGGUGAACUGUCUUCAGAACAACUUAACCUGAAG